AUGACUACAUUUUACUCAAGGAUUGUCCUCCAGGAAUCAAACGCCAGAAUAGACCUCAACUAUAUGUAUUGGGUAGUUAGUAACGCCCCCACCAUCGCUAUUGAACCAAUCAAACAAAACACCAACCAGAUCAACCGCGAUAACACUGCCAAUGAUACAGUAAAGGUUAUCUACACGGUCAGCUGUUUGGAGGGAAUAGCCCUUGAUCAGGUCAGACCACUUGUUAAUGCCAAUCCUGUUGACUUCUAUUCCUCCGUCACCUUCCUUCGUCGACCACAUGGAAGCCUCGUUUAG